GUAUCAUCGGGGAGGCUCGUUCUCAGACACACCGAAUUUCUUCACCGGCGAGAUGAGAUCGCUCGCUGUGGUAUUGCUGGCCGUUGCUGGCACGUGUUACGCUGCCCGACUGGAGAACACGUAUCUUCCACCGGGUAACGCGGGCACCGCAGGCGGGGCAGGAUUGAUUCAAGCACCGAAUCGAGGCGGGGGCGGUCCAGGAGGUCGAGGAGGUCCUGGAGGGCCAGGAGGCCACGGUGGUCCUGGCGCUCCUGGUAGACCAGGUGGAUCUGGUGGACCGGGUGGAUACGGCGGGGGUGGCGGUGGUGGCGGCGGAUUCGGACCUGGGGGUGGUGGUGGUGGUGGAUACGGUGGACCCGGCGGCGGCGGUGGCGGCGGGGGUGGACCAAGAGGAGGACCGGGCGGCGGCCAGGAGAUACCCAUCGUUUCGUUUAACAACGAAAACGGCGGCGACGGCAACUACCAAUUCAGCUACGAAACAGGAAAUGGUAUUAGUGCGCAGGAAACGGGUCAUCAGCAAGGCAACGGGGAAGCGGUGAGCGGAUCGUACUCGUACACAGGCCCCGAUGGCGUGCAAUACAGCGUCACUUACACCGCGGACGAGGAAGGUUUCCAUCCCCAGGGUGCUCACCUUCCAACCCCGCCUCCGAUCCCGCCAGAAAUUCAACGAGGCGUCGAGUUAGCGCUCGCUGCUGAGGCCAGAGGCGAGAAUCAGGACACUUCCGGCGGCGGUGGUGGUAACGGUGGUGGUGGCGGCGGUGGAUAUCCUUCAGGGGGCGGAAAUGGCGGUGGAGGUGGAGGCGGCGGUGGUAGAGGAGGUGGUGGUGGCCGAGGUGGUCCCGGCGGCGGCGGCGGCGGUGGUGGCUCUUAUCAAGGUCCAAAUUCAUAUCAAUCAAGUUCGAGCGGAUACCAUUACUGA